UGUAUGAAAUUUUACCAAACAUGGAAAUAUUUGCUUUCGGAUAUCUCACAUUUCCGGGCAAAUAGAACGGCGGUAGCAAAAAGAAGAAUUAGAAUAGUUAGCAUUGCAGCAGUAUCCCACACCAAAGUUCGCAGAAAAAGACAGAGACACAAAGAAAACACUACUAAAUCUUCAAUUUAACCUUUGUUACGUUACAAUGAGUGAAGAGGGUCCUAAGCUCUACACCAACAAACCCAAGAAAGAAAUGAUUUUCUUUUUGUUGAAAUAAUAGCACAAAUUAAGCAAUUUCAAGAACAACAACCAUCAACAACCAGAACAACACCAUCCUCAGCUUCAGCUGCAGCUGCAUCAUACAAAAUGGGGUCUCAGUCUACUGCUCCUCCUCCUCCUCCACCACCUCCUCAGCCUCCAAAGGAAUCGUUUGCUAGGCGUUACAAGUUCCUUUGGCCUCUUCUCUUGACUGUCAAUCUUACUGUUGGAGCUUACUUGUUCAUGAGAACAAAGAAAAAGGAAACAGGCCUAGAGGAAGAAGCAGCAAAGAAUGUUCCUCCUACUCCAGUUUCAUCCACCUCUACCGCAAGUGCUGCAGUCACCGAGAAACCCAUAUCACUACCUGCUGUUCCAGAACCUGUGAAGCUGCGUGAACCUGUUUCGGAGAAUCAACAGCGUGAACUUUACAGGUGGAUGUUGGAAGAGAAAAGGAAGGUCAAACCAAAAAAUCCAGAAGAGAAGAAGCGCAUUGAUGAAGAGAAAGCUAUUCUUAAGCAGUUCAUUAGAGCAAAAUCCAUCCCCAGUAUUUAGUUGUAUGCUCUUAUUCCAACCGGAAUUAGCAGAUUAUUCUCUGAUCGAUCAUGAAGUUUGAAUUCUGCCAUUGUUGAAUAUCGACGUUUUUACCGUUUUCUCCUAAAAGGUUGCUUCUUGAUCAAAUUCUUUAAAGACUUCCAUCUUCUUUUGUUACUGUCAUUUUGAUUUUGAUACAAGGGUGAUGCUUGUAUGGUAGAAGAUUGUCCAUAAACUUGCUGAUCUAUAAUUGUCUUUGUACAUAUAAUCAAUUUCAAUGGCUUUUUGUUGUCA